UAUCGCAGCUCCUCGACAAACACCACGAGAAUUCCGCAGCCCACACGUCUUAGGUUAUAGUGGACAAGCCUCACGACUCCUGAGUCUCAUUUCUGCUGUGUGGCGGUGGCCGCCCCGGGCUGGAUGAUGUCAGAACAGGACUUGGCGGACGUGGUGCAGAUCGCUGUGGAAGACCUGAGCCCCGACCACCCAGUCGUCCUGGAGAAUCAUGUUGUCACCGAUGAGGAUGAACCCACCCUGAAACGCCCAAGGCUGGAAAUGAGCUGCCAGGACCCAUCAAUAAAGUCAUUCCUAUACUCCAUUAACCAGACCAUCUGCCUGCGACUGGACAGCAUUGAGGCCAAGCUGCAGGCCCUGGAGGCCGCGUUCAAGUCCCUGGAGGAGAAGCUGGACUUGGUCACCAACAAACAGCACAGUCCCAUCCAGGUGCCCAUGGUGGCGGGCUCCCCGUUGGGUGCCACACAGACCUGCAACAAAGUGCGCUGUGUUGUGCCCCAGACUACAGUCAUUCUUAACAAUGACCGUCAGAAUGCCAUUGUAGCCAAGAUGGAAGAUCCUUUGUGCGGCCGGACUGCGGACCCCCUGGAAAAUGUCAUUAGCAAUGUGGUGCCUGGGCGGCGCCAGAACACCAUCGUGGUAAAGGUGCCAGGCCAGGAGGACAGUCAUGAGGACGGUGAGAGCGGCUCGGAGGCCAGUGAUUCUGUUUCCAACUGCGGCCAGGCGGGCAGCCAGAACAUCGGGAACAACGUCACUCUCAUCACCCUCAACUCCGAAGAGGAUUACCCCAAUGGCACAUGGCUGGGCGACGAGAACAACCCCGAGAUGCGUGUGCGUUGUGCCAUCGUGCCCUCAGACAUGCUUCACAUCAGCACCAACUGCCGCACGGCCGAGAAGAUGGCUCUCACACUGCUCGACUACCUUUUCCACAGAGAGGUGCAGGCUGUGUCUAACCUCUCGGGCCAGGGCAAGCACGGCAAGAAACAACUGGACCCUCUUACCAUCUAUGGCAUCCGCUGUCACCUCUUCUACAAGUUUGGCAUAACGGAAUCUGACUGGUACCGGAUCAAGCAGAGUAUUGACUCCAAGUGCCGCACAGCCUGGCGGCGGAAACAGCGAGGCCAGAGCCUGGCUGUCAAGAGCUUCUCCCGGCGGACUCCAUCUUCCUCCUAUAGUCCCUCAGAGUCUGUCCUGAGCACGCCGCCGCCCGCCAGCGAGCUCCAGCCACCACCACAGGCCCUGCACUAUGCCCUGGCCAAUGCCCAACAGGUCCAGAUACACCAGAUCGGCGAAGACGGCCAGGUCCAAGUAGGUCACCUCCACAUCGCCCAGGUGCCGCAGGGGGAGCAGGUACAGAUCACGCAGGACAGUGAGGGCAACCUGCAGAUCCACCACGUUGGCCAGGAUGGGCAGGUGCUGCAGGGUGCCCAGCUGAUCGCCGUGGCCUCUUCAGACGCCACAGCCACUGGAGUGGAUGGGUCCCCUCUACAGGGGAGCGAUAUCCAGGUGCAGUAUGUGCAGCUGGCACCCGUGACCGACCACACAGCUGCAGCCCAGACAGCCGAGGCGCUGCAGCCUACCCUCCCUCCCGAGAUGCAGCUAGAACAUGGUGCCAUCCAGAUCCAGUGAGGACCAACUGCCCACUGGGCGCCGACUCCUGCCAAGCUCCCGUGACACUCCCUUGCUGUGGCACAAGCCCUUCUGGGUGCUGAGGGCCUAUCCAUGGGGCCCACCUGGCUCAGGUGCUGAGCAGGGAGGUGACAGUCACGCCCCCAGGGCCUGCCUCUGAGCCAUCUGUAGGGCGCAGACGGGACAGUGCUGCACUGCACGUGCAGAAAAUCAAGAACUCAGAUAUUUUCUCUGUUUCCACGGCUUUUUUUUUUUUUUAAUUUGCUAUGGUGUUUAUAACAAAAAAGAAAAGUGAAAAAAAAAAGUUGAGUGUCCGAAGCCUCUUGCGUGAGCUUUGGGUGUGAUGAACUUAGGUAUUGGCGAUGACAGUGACAGUAAUAGAAAACCGUUCACCACUUUACUGGCGAAUGCUCUCAAUGCUGUCAGUGCUCGUUUUUAAUGAAAUAAAAUGUAUUUAUGGCCAUAGCA